CGCUCAUCAAUUUAGGCCCAGUCCGCCAGUCUGACAACCUGUCGCGAUUCUCCUGAUCAGCCCUUUUACCUUUCAUCUCAUCCUCUCCUCGACCCGGGACGCCGCCCGGUAACGUGCCAACGCGCUGCAGGAUGCGCACAUAGCGAUCGACCUGAACAUUGACCUCUGCGCGCCGCUGUUUCGCUUUCAUCCAUCUCAUCAUGGGCGGCAUUCUGCUGCUCCUGGGCUUGUGCCUGAUCAUGGCUCUGGCGUAUGUGCCAUCACCGACCUUGAACACGACCGAUCUCGAGAAUGCUGAUUGAUCCAAUAGCUCGUUCCUGGCUGGAGCCUUGCCCCUGUCCAUGACCCUGUCACAAUCGCAACUUCGAUUACUCUCCAGCAUCGGCGUCGGAAUCCUCGUGGGAACCUCCCUCAUAGUCAUCAUCCCAGAGGGCAUUGAGGCCGCCGCCUCGCCUGCAGAGACCGGCCACGUGCACCGUGUGAGGACCUUGGUCCGCCGGUCUCCCUGGAGCCACUACGCCGUGCCGCGCGGGCUCGGUAGUUCGAUCCCUACCGUCAACACGGUGGCAGGACGAAGUCCAUUGGGGGAUGAGGACGCGGAUGCCCUCGUGCGCCGGGUUGUGGCAUCGGUAGGCCCCCGAGAACCGCUCGAGAACGAAUCCGAACCACCUGAGACCUCAACAAUACCGGCCGAAGAGAACCUCGACGACACUGACGGCAAGAGCAACGAUAAAGCGGGAAACGAGAAGGCGGAAACUGGAAAGGACGAGCUUGAGUCUGGGCAUGACGACGACGACGACGAGCAUGCCCAUGCCGCAGUUCCCACGUUCGAAAUUGGGUUCUCCAUGAUCCUCGGGUUCGUGUUGAUGUUCCUUAUCGACAGAUUGCCCAGACAUGCAACCGAAAGCCUGCAUUCAAGCCCCCAAACGAGACACAUCAGCUUAGAUAACCUUGGUGGAGAUACUGCCUCGGUGGAAGACGAGGAGGAGGGGUUCCUAGGCUCGCUCACACCUACCCCGAGACGGGCACGCAGUCUCGCCACGACAACCGGACUCGUCAUUCAUGCUGCGGCAGAUGGUAUUGCCAUGGGUGCCUCAUCAACCACCACAGACAUGAAGCUUGGAUUCAUCAUCUUUGUCGCCAUCAUGAUUCACAAGGCCCCGGCCGCGUUUGGCUUGACGUCUCUGCUCCUGAAGCAGGGUCUCUCGAAACGAGCUGCGAGGGGCCAUCUCAUUGUUUUCAGUUUGGCCGCUCCAGUAGGCGCCUUGAUUACGUGGCUUGUCAUCACAUUGCUAGGUGCUGCAGGUCACGAUGGUGAUCACUGGUGGACCGGCAUGUUGCUCCUGUUCUCGGGUGGCACAUUUUUGUAUGUAGCCAUGCAUGCCAUGCAGGAGGAUGGUAGCUCGCACGGCCACGGUCACGAACACAGUGUCAACGGCUACGCGGAUAGUAACUCGGCAGUGCAGCGAAAGCCCAAAGGCCCGCAGAUGCGUGACACCUUGGCGACGGUUGGGGGCAUGUUGGUGCCGCUUCUUACGCAGUUUGGGCACCACCACUAGUGGAGGGAUUGGCUUCCUUUUUUGUAUGGUGCCCGGCCGCUCCAUCUGGAAUGUUUCAAGUGGUGGAUGAAAACGACACGACAGCGAGACUUGGGUAUAGAUGGCGCUUGUAUUUCAGCAGAGCCGGCGAGCUCCUCUCAAGUGUCAUGAAUCAGAUAACA